AUGGAUUCUGCACUCUUAUCUCAGAUUCAAAAAGGAAAGGCUUUAAAGAAAGCUGUAACAAACGAUCGAUCAGCUCCCAUCUUGGCUCCUUCUAAACCAUCUGCUUCUAGUGGAGGUGGAAUGGCAAGACCGCCUGUACCUGGUAUGGGAGCACCUCCUUCUAUGUCUCAUACAGCCUCAGCACCACCUUCUUCAAAUCCAGCACCGCCCAGUGGUCCUCAACUAGGCGGACUAUUUGCCAAUGGUAUGCCAACACUUCGAAAAACACGAGGAGCCGCUGUCGAUACCGGUAGAGGAACAGGAGCACCACCUAUUCCUUCUUUUCAUUCUUCACCUGCUGCUCCACCACUACCACCAUCAGCAUCCAUGGGUGCGCCACCACCACCCCCUCCUCCACCUCCUCUAAUGACACCUGGAGGAUCUCCCCCACCUCCCCCACCUGCACCACCCAUUGCUUCGGCAUCACUGAUUCCUCCUUCUUUACCAGGACGUUCUCGAUCCAACAGCUCACCACAGCGUCCUGUCCCUCCCCCUCCACCAAGAACCGUUCCUUCACCACCCGAAAUCGUGUCUCGCUUUGCUGUGCCUCCAGCAUUACCACCUGGAAGACCUCGCUCUUCUUCGACUUCUUCACAAAACAGUCCAUUACCCAAACCACCUCUUCCCAGUAGUCAAGCAAAUUCACCUGUGGCUACACCGCCUAGAUCACCUUUACCUCCUCCCCCACCACCCCUAGCCAAUAACCAUCUGCCUUUAACAGAAGGAAAUGGUCGAUAUACAUUCAGACCUACUUCAGAUCUACCACCACCAAGAGCUGGAUUUAUAAAAAAGCAUCGUAUCUAUCCUAGUGGUGAAUCAAAAGGCAACAGUCUUCCAUUGGAUUAUGCCAAGUUACGUUAA